AUGCCUUGGAAAAGGCCUUGGGCUAUUGCAUGCCUGCUUGCAUGGGCUACGAUAUUAGUGGCAGCAAGAACACCCGAGCAACUUUCGUCGAAUAUAUACGAUGCAACAGCUUUCCAAUCUCAGUUCAACAGAUGUCCAAUUCCAUGUUCGGGUAAGACCCCUGAGAAUUGGAACGUUUACUCUUCUUUCGAACGACUUUCGCAAUGCGACCGUCCUAUGCUUUUUGACCUGGCAAUACAUACGCCCGUCAAUGACCGGACAAAAUCUGUGUUAAUUCGUGCAUGCACGGCUGCUGUAUCGAAUGGAAGACCUUCACAUGAAUCGGAAGCUGCGAAAAAAGAACUCGACACAUGCGGACAUUCUUAUGUCCAAACCAAAGUCCCACUACAACUUUCUCAGAAUGUUGGCAAAUCCGCGACUCUAUCCAGCGGACAUUUGGUGACGCUACUUGACCAGAUGAAGGAUUAUUCGGUCAAUACUGUGGCCACCAACGGCUGCAUCAAAGACAAUGAUAUCAUGCUGAGCUACUUUAAUGGAUUGGUGGUAGGCAUUUACGUUGGGAAGUCAAUGGCCUCAGAUACUAUCUCAUCCAUGAUUGACCAUCUGUCCGAUCCGCACAGGGAACUGAGCAAUGCUACUGUCAGUAUGCUAGCACAGAUUUGUGGCCAGGAAAACGACAUGGAUCAUACAGCUGGUGUGGCAAUAGCAUUGGAAACCGACAUUGACUAUGUCCAAUCCGCGUUGCUGUCAUGGAAUCAGGGAGAGUGUGCCAGCAAACCUAAGGCAGCAGACAGCCGAUCCACUUCCCAAGAACUCAUCGUUCACCAAGUGCCUCUACCAGCCGCCGUUAGCUCAGUGGCCAAGGGUUUUACGGACUUAAAGCUUUCAUCCAAGCUAUUGGAAGGAUUAAGAGCCACCGCCGAGCUUCUAGACACUCAGGCCAAUGCCAAAUAUUGCAUCAAACACCAAAUUGCCCCCGGCGAGUCAUGCGCCUCGAUAGCAAAAGCGUGCAAGAUCUCAGUCGCUGACUUCCUCAAGUACAACGACGUCAAGGGAGACGGGGACGACUGGUGUAGAAAGCUGCAAGCGGGGAAGAAUGCAUGCUGUUCAUCUGGCUCAAGCAAACCACUCCCUGAAGACAAUGGUGACUGCUUUACACAAACCAUAAAGGCAGGCGACGACUGUUCAGUCAUUGGUCUGCCUUGGAAUCUCACACCAAACGAUAUAGAAGGCUUCAACAACAAGAUAACUUGGGGUUGGAGAGGCUGUCCCAACUUGACCAUUGGUCUCAAAAUCUGUUUCAGCAAAGGCUCGCCACCGAUGCCAGCACCCGUCAGCAACGCCGUCUGUGGCCCUCAGAAGCCCGGCACCGUCAGUCCAGGGCCAGUCGCAGAUGCUUCUGUUCUGGCCAAGCUCAAUCCAUGCCCCCUCAACUCUUGUUGUAACAUUUGGGGUCAAUGCGGAAUCGAUUCUCUCUUUUGCACAAAAGCAGACGGGCCGACGGGAAACCCUGGAACCGCACCGCCUGACUCGAAUGGAUGUAUCUCAAACUGCGGUACCGACAUUGUCAACAACGGCAAACCCCCCUCGAGCGGAUUCCAACGCAUUGGCUAUUACGAAGCAUUCAAUUGGGAGCGUUCAUGCUUGCACAUGAGAUCAGAAAUGUCAAACACGCAAGAAUACACUCAUAUACACUGGGCGUUUGGAGACGUCAAAAGUGACAUGUCAGUUUCUGUCAACGAUACAUACGGUCAAUGGGAUGGAUUCAUGAGGUUGAAGGACGUCAAAAAGAUUGUUUCAUUUGGUGGCUGGGGGUUUUCGACCGGAGUUGCAUCAUAUGAAGUGCUCCGCAAAGCUAUGUCUCCUGAGAGUCGAGAUCGCUUCGUUUCAAACGUUGUGUCUUUUGUGAAAGAAGCAAACAUCGAUGGCAUAGACCUCGAUUGGGAAUACCCUGGCGCACCUGACAUACCUGGUAUUCCAGCAGGUCUACCAAGCGACACUCGCAACUAUCUCGAUACACUGCGCGCGUUGCGAAAAGCGUUGCCAGCCAAGUAUUCUGUGUCCAUUGCUGUCCCUGCCUCGUACUGGUAUCUCAGGCCUUUUCCGAUCCAAGAAAUGUCCCAAGUGGUGGAUUACAUCGUAUAUAUGGCAUACGAUCUUCACGUUACCAAAGCCGGCGUGGAUGCCAACAAGGUCUUCGUAGGAGAAUCUAGUUAUGGAAGAUCGUUUCGAAUGGCCAAGACUGGCUGUACUGGGCCCGAUUGCACAUUUACCGGCACGAACGGUCAAUCUGACGCUGCAAAAGGGAGAUGCACAAACGCCAGCGGGUAUCUUUCUAAUGCAGAGAUCAACGAGAUCAUAUCCAAGCCGUCAAAGUCGAAAAAGACAUGGUUCGACAAGGAUACUGGGUCGGAUUAUCUGGUGUAUGAUGAUACUGUAUUGCAUGCUAAUAUCAAUGCAAACGUUGAAUGGGUGGCAUACAUGUCCGAUCACACAAAGGAAGUCCGUCGCGACAAAUGGAAGCAGCUCAACUUUGGCGGAUCAGUCGACUGGGCGGUUGACUUGCAAGAAUUUAACGGGGCAGACACCGUUGGCCCGUAUGGAGAUUACAACAACUCUUCUUGUAUACAAGUCUUUGACAAUAUGAUAUGGGACUGGCUCAAUCCAUCCAUAGAGGCAGUCGUCGGAUGCACGAAUAUCCUUCAGCCCUCACCUCUUCCAGCUACAGUUACGCUUAAGGCAUAUACGACAAUUACUCUCCAAUCUGGAACGUCAUUUAGCACGACGGUAGUAUCUGCACCUUUUUCCAUCUCAGAAGUUGGCUAUCAGCCGUUUACUUUCAAUGAGUCGGAUAUCAGUUCGUUGAGUUCCGGACAAAUCUUCACGUAUAAUCCCACUCCCAGGAUAACGCCAAAUCCCGUUACGAUCCCCAUACCUGCUGGCUGGACAGUUACAGGAAUAGGAAAAGUCACGAAAGAAGAUCCAUCAAAGGAACCUUCCAAGUCAAUUAUUGGACUUCCACAAGCGACUAGCACCACCACUUCAUCCCAUGACGGAAUGGGCUUCUUGCUGCCCAUUACCUGGCUCCCAACGGUGAGCUACAAAAUUCCGUCAGUGCUUACUCCUAAGCCACCAGCUCCGACGGAGCUCCCUGAUGAUGACGAGCACCCAAUCGUCAAUCCUCCUACUCCUCCCGGUGUUGUUGAUUGUAAAAACGAUUCAUGCACCAAGGGCCAGGACUGCGAGAAUGACGAGUGUUUGCGGGGAGGUGAUUGUUUCGGUGAAUCAUGUGUGUCUGCUGGAAAAUGCAAAGGGAAGAAAUGCGUCCGUGGAGGAAAUUGCGUUGGCUCCCAAUGUCAACGCGGAGGAGUUUGUGAAGGAGAAGCAUGCGAAAAAGGAGGCGGUUGUUCUAAAAAGUCCUCUGGAAGCUGCAAUUCUGGAGAGUGCAAGGGCAAAGGCUGUUUCCCUCGAUCCAAGUGCUCUGGCGCACAAUGCGAGAGACUCACUAUCAAACCUCUUCCCCGUCCAAAGGGCACUCCUGUGAGCUUUCCAAGGCCUACAUGCCUCUUUGGAUGCCCGAAACUCCCCGAGUGUCCUUCUUGGGACCUCUUGUGCAACGCACCAUGCGGCCUGAUUGGUUGUCCUCCGGGCCGUCAACCAACAGCCAAAGCUUGCACAACUUUACAAACGGGUAGAGAGUGCACGGAAUUCAUCAGCAGUACCCAAGUGCAGACGAAGCCAACUACAAGCUGGUCGACUACUACUCGAACUCAAUGCGAGAACGUAGUCGAUUGCGACGCUGCCGACAUGACUGUCACGACGACUAUAAAAUCGUCAAGUGAAGAGCCAGAUCCAACCUACAUUGCAAAGGUCAUCGGGUACGAAGGGAUGAAGCUACUGAGAGAUGAAGCUCUUUUCGCGUCCAUUGGUAAAGACGAAGACGAUUUUUUCUCUCUGCUCGAGUCCCCCACGACGACCACUUCAGAGAUGCCUUCAACGUCUUCGGAAGAGGCUACUCCAGAGCCUACUCCAGAGCCUACUCAGGCGCCAAAAGUCACCUGUGGGAUUGCGCUUUACCCACCAAUCUUGUGGCGAUUGGAUAUAAUUGACAUGACAGGCAGUUGGGUUUUGGACGAUGAAGGUAAAAGUCUCAAAAAGGAGAUCAAAGGCUGCGGUGCAGUGACAGGAUGGGAAUGGUUCAGAAGGGAGGAUGGCACACGUGAGUGCCGCUUCAACCUACCACUGAUUAUGAAGAAAGGGUGCGUGGAGAGGGCGAUAGCCUCCGCAGGUGGUCCGGAUAUAGAUUGUAUUUUCGCCUUUGGCUAA